AUGCCUGCGCGCACUCGGCAAACAAGAACCUCGAACGCCGAGGUGCUCGAGCCGGAGGAGGAUCAACAGGGCCUACAAAGGUUGCGAUUCAACGAGCCGUUGUCAUGGCGCGUGGGCAAGUCUGCCAUCCCUGUCGCGGAUCUGCUAGACCGUCUUCAAGUGCUAGCCAAGGAGCUGUCGUCAAUGGAACAGGAUGAUAUCGAUAAAGACUCGCUCAAGAAGGUUUCUCAAGAGCUUGCCAAUGGCCAUCUUCUGGCCCACCGAGACAAGGGAGUCCGCGCGUGGGUUACGAGUUGUGUCGUCGACAUUCUACGGCUCUGCGCCCCAGACGCGCCUUUUACUGGGAAUCAAUUAAAGGAUAUAUUCACCUGCAUCGUAACGUCUAUAAUUCCCGCCCUGGGUGAUCCCUCGAACGCGUACAACGGACAGCAUAUCUACGUCUUGAACUCCCUAGCCGAAGUUAAAAGUAUUGUUCUUUUGACAGAUCUCGACGCUCCCGAUGCUCUUAUCUUGCCAUUGUUUUCGUCGUGUUUUGAUAUCGUCUCCGGGUCGUCAAAGGCCUCUACAGGCGAGCAAGUCGCCAAGAAUGUUGAAAACGAUAUGACCCGGCUCCUCGUGACAAUAAUCGAUGAGUCUCCUACUUUGGCACCAGAGGUUGUCGACAUCAUAAUAGCGCAGUUCCUUCGUGUCGACCCACAUGUGAUUGAGCAGCCUGGGAAGAAAGGGAAAAAGUUAGAGAUCGAUGUGAAUCAGGAUACACUUCUGCUCAAAGAGUAUCCUCCAGCCUAUGAUAUGGCCAAAGCGAUUUGCCAUGCAUGCCCAGAGAAGAUGACCAGCCAUAUCAGUCAAUAUUUCAACAAUGUGAUUAUUGACGCCUCCGCUCCUUCUGGGUCUUUGAACGGGCCAAAGCAAUCUUCAAACCGAAGGCAUAGCUUCGGCGAGUCAGAUGAUGAAGCUGAGGAUAUCAAAGAGCUAGGAAAAGCCCACCGACUAAUACGCGAGCUGUGGCGCGCCUGUCCGGAUGUAUUGCAAAACGUUAUUCCGCAACUAGAAGCUGAGCUGUCUGCUGAGUCGGUCUCUCUUCGCCUUUUAGCCACAGCAACUCUCGGCGAUCUUGCUGCUGGUGUUGGAAUUGCUGGGCCUCCCCCGGCUGCGCCAAUGGACCCAGCUGCGUACCCUCCAGUCACUUUGCGCGACUACUCUCAGAUCAUACCCCAGCCAAACAUGCUGCAAACCCCUCUAGCUCCAAAGCCUUUUGCUCAAGCACAUUCAUCUGCGUACGAGAGCUUUUUGAGUCGUCGCCAGGAUAAAUCCGCCUCCGUUCGCUCCGCGUGGACCACCGCCGUCGGGCGCAUUCUGUUAACAUCUGCCGGAGGCUCUGGGCUGAGCGAGAGCGAUGAACAGUCUAUGGUUAGAAGUCUAGCCAACAUGCUUCGCGAUGCCGAUGAGAAAGUUCGACUGGCUGGUGUUGACGCGGUUGGCUCUAUGGGGUUCUCCGACAUUAUGAAUAAGCUUGCAAUUACUGGUGGGCUUGCAUCGGCUGAUUCUGCCAUCUCGAUCCUCGCAGAGCGUGUCAAGGAUCGCAAACCAGCAGUCAGAGAUCGUGCUAUGCGAGUAUUUGCUAGAUUAUGGGGAGUUGCUGCUGGGGAGAUUGAGGAAGGCAAUGAUCAGGUUAUCACACUAAUAAAGGAUGCUCCGUCCAAGAUUUAUGACGCUUUUUACACAAACGACCCCGAAAUACAAGCUCUCAUUGAUCGAGUUCAGUUUGAAUACUUGCUCCCCUUGAGCUACCCUCCUAUCAAAGCAAAACAGACAAAAGCAAACUCUUCCCAACGACUACGGGGCUCGCAAGAAUCUCAGAAAGACGCGGAAGGCUCAGUGGACAAGAUCAGGGUAGAAAGGAUUUUGACGCUUCUUAAAGGACUUGAUGACAAGUCCAAGAGGGUCUUCUUUGCAUUCCAGGGUCGACAGAUCAAUUUGCGAACAGCCCUGACUAUUUAUCUUCAGACAUGUGAGGAGUACAAUGGUGGGGUUGUCGAAAAGGACGAAGACAGAGUCAAGGCCCAGCUGACUCGUGUGAUUGAUACCAUCUCCAAGUCUUUGCCGGAUUCUCAACGAGUCUCGGCUGACCUCUGGAAAUUUGCCAAAACCCAUGACCGAAGAAACUACCAGCUAAUUCGGUUUGCCAUGGCUGCACAGAGCGACUACCGUACCGUUACAAAAGCCAUCAAGGAGUUGGCCAAGAGGAUACAGAGUGGAAACACUCCGUCUUUACUAGAUACUUUAACGCCAUUCCUAUACCGGGCCAGCUCUCUCAUUUUCAACCGAAGCCAUAUACCCGCUAUCAUGCAAUUUUCACGCACGGACGAGAAAGGCCUGGCCAAUUCCGCUCAAGAAAUGCUCAAGGAGAUAUCUUCCCAUAAUCCAGAGGUUCUAGAAGCGCAGGUACAAGAGAUGUGCAAGGAUCUGGAGGCUCAAGCCCCCUCCGCAAAGUCUUCGGACGAUGUCAGUGUCGAGGAAAUUCUCAAGGCUUGCUCAGGGUUUGCCAAGAAAUUGCCUGAAAAACUUCCCAAGGAGAGGAAAUUCCUGCAAGCAUUGACAAACUAUGCAUUGUUCAGCUCUUCACCCCGAGCCGCGAAACAUGCCGUCUCUAUCAUAAUGGCUGUCGCCGAUAAAAAAGAGAUGUACGCAAAAGACCUGGUGCAAAAGUGCGUCAAAGACUGCGAGUUUGGCUCGGAUUAUUUCUUGACACGCCUAGCUACUAUUGCACAAUUGAACCUCCUAGCCCCCAAGCAAACAGAUGCUGAGAGUGCCAAAAUCAUCUCGAUGGCUAUUGAUGAGAUUCUCUUGACGAACCGGUCGAAAGAAGCGAAUUCAGAGUACACCUGGUCUGAUGAAGUGGACGAAGAGACAAGGGCUAAAGAGCUCGCGCUCAAAAUUAUUGUCAAUAGGCUCCGUGGCAAGGAGGGUGUGGAAGAUGAAGAGUUCCCCACGUUGGCAGAACCAGUGUAUAGUACUUUGAAUAAGCUUGUCGCGGGCGAGGGUGAAAUUUCAAAGAAGAAAGAUACGCCCAGCACCCAAAAGCCUCACCUUCGUCUCCAUGCCGCUAAGCUACUAAUCAAGCUUUCUGCCACGCAUGCCUCGUGCGAUCAACUCCUCGAACCCCAAGACUUCCAUUUGUUAGCUUUAGUCGCCCAAGAUCGGCUUUUGCCUGUAAGAUCGGCUUUUGUCAAUGCCUUGCGAAAGACGCUUUCACAAAAAUCCCUUUUGGGCGUGCGUUGGUAUACCAUACCGUGCUUGCUUGCCUUUGAGCCAAGCCCCACUUUGAAAGAGAGCACGCUCACCUGGCUUCGUUCUCGCGCUACUCUCUUUUCUCGCCAGAUGCAAGCGAGCGCCAAGGGCAAGGAGCAGGCAGUCAUGGAGUCCAUGUUUGCUCGGCUUCUCUCGUUGCUUGCCUAUCAUCCGGACUACCCUCCCUCAAGCCAAGACACUGAGACUCGGUUGGCCGAAUUGGCGGACUUUUCUCGAUACAUUCUUUUCUACUUGUCUGCUGUUGCGAACGAGAAUAAUAUCUCGCUGAUAUACCAUGUAGCACAACGGGUGAAGCAGACGAGGGAUGGGAUUACGAGGUCGGAUGAGAUCACGACCAGACUCCACACACUUUCAGAUCUUGCUCAAGUCACUAUUCGUCUCUUUGCAGACGUUUAUGCGCAGCAGCACAAAAUCGGUGGUGCCGGGGGCAGUGGUAGUAUUCUCGAGACCUAUCCUGGAAAAAUGAGGCUACCUAGUUCACUCUUUUCCGCCAUGGCGAGCCACAAAGAAGCUCAAGAUGUCGCUGACAAGAGUUUCCUUCCGGAGGAUUUCGACGAUGUUCUCGAUGGCAUCGUGCGAUCCUGGAUGCGACCCAGGAAGCAAUCUCAUGCUGCCAAUGCCGGGAGGAAGAGAAAGAGUGAAUAUGCCGCCACGAAUGGAAACGGCGAACCAAAGAAAGCUCGGAAACAGAGGUCAUCCGGUGGACGAAAGUCGUUAGGCACCAAAGUGUUUAAAAAGAAAAGAAACGCGGAAGACGAAUGGGGAUCUGACUUUGACGGCGACGAAAAGGGAACCGCAGCAUCACGGAGACGAAGUGGCCGUGGUGUUGGAAAGGGCGUCAGCUAUGCUGACCGAGACAGUGACGAAGACGAUCUUGAGAUGGAGAAAAUCGAACAGAAUGAUGAAGAAGAAGAGGACGAGGACGAGGAUGAGGAGAAUGAAGACGGGGAAGAUGAUGAAGGGGAAGAAAACAGCGAUGAUGAAAAUAAAGAAGCCUCCGACGACAACGAUGAGGAAAUGGCCGACGCCGAGCCCUCACCACCCCCCGUCAAGACGAAAAAGAGCACGCCAGCGAAGAAGGCAUCGCCCGUCCAAAAGUCUACCAAGACAGAGAGUCUACCCGUUCGACGAUCAACCCGACGGGGAUGA